AUGGCUCGUCAAUUCUUCGUCGGAGGUAACUUCAAAAUGAACGGUACCAAGGAGUCCGUUGCUCAAAUCAUCGACAACUUGAACAAGGCCGAAUUGCCUUCUGCUGUCCAAGUUGUGGUUGCUCCACCAGCUCCAUACAUUUCCGUGGCUGUGGCUGAAAACAAGCAAAAGACCGUCGAGGUGUCUGCCCAAAACGUCUUCGACAAGGCCUCUGGUGCUUACACCGGUGAAAUCUCCCCAAACCAAGUGCUCGACUUGGGUGCCAAGUGGACCUUGACUGGCCACUCUGAAAGAAGAACCAUCAUCAAGGAAUCCGACGAAUUCAUUGCUGAAAAGACCAAGUUCGCUUUGGAACAAGGCUUGUCCGUUAUCUUGUGUAUCGGUGAAACUUUGGAAGAAAGAAAGUCCGGUGUUACCUUGGACGUCACUGCCAGACAAUUGGACGCCGUCUCCAAGAUCGUCUCUGACUGGACCAACAUUGUCGUUGCCUACGAACCAGUCUGGGCCAUCGGUACCGGUUUAGCUGCCACCCCAGAAGAUGCUCAAGAAACCCACAAGGGUAUCAGAGCCCACUUGGCCAAGACCAUCGGUGAAAAGCAAGCUGCUGAAGUCAGAAUCUUGUACGGUGGUUCCGUCAACGGUAAGAACGCUGUCGAAUUCAAGGACAAGGCCGAUGUCGACGGUUUCUUGGUCGGUGGUGCUUCUUUGAAGCCAGAAUUCGUUGAUAUCAUCAAGUCCAGAUUGUAG